GGGGUUAACCCGAAUUGUAGCUUGUCGUGUAGUGAAGGUAUAGGAGGGGAUUGAGGAGGGGACGAGGUGUCCCAUAGAGGGCGUUAAGAUCGUAAAGAGAAUGAUGGAGAAAUAGAGAGAGAGAGAGAGAGAGAGAGAAAGAGAUAGAGACAGACUGAUAUUGUGAGAAAAUGAGAGACGGAGUGGGGAGAAACUUUGCGUGGUGAACGGCGGGCGCGACUGCAGAAACGUGUCGCGCGAGAGAGCCAGUGACAGACAAAAUGGCGGUAGGGCUUAUGCGGUGAGCGAGCGAGCGAGCGAGAUAGAUAUAGAAAGACGAGAGCGAGAGAGAGAAAGAGAGAUAGAGAAGGAGAGAAAAGGGAGAAAGAGAGAGAGAGAGAGAGAGAGAGAAUCAAGACGUGAGUGCAGCUCAGCACGACGACACGUCGCAAAGUAGCGCGCGCGCUGCUGCUAAGGAAAGACACGAUUUUUCUCCUGUUUUCGUAAUUAACGACGAAAAAAUAAUUCCCGAUUAAUUCGUCGCUCGUCGUUUUACUGUAUUAACUCGUCUUAAAUUCGUCGAUAAUAAUAAUAAUAAAAACAAUAGUAAUAAUAAUAAUAAUAAUAAUAACAGCAACAACCAACAAUAAUAAUAAUAAUCGUUGAUUCGUCGUCAUCGUCGUCGUCGUUGUCGUUUUCGUCGUCGUCGUCGUCAUUGUCGUCGUCGUCAUUGUCGUCGUCGUCGUCGUCGUCGUCGUCGUCGUUGUAAUUAUACGUUGGUUAAUCUGGUGCAUGUUUCAUCCAGGAUCAUCACGAUCAUGGAACAUUUGCCGGCGUCGACCGCGAGACGUCGCGGUCAUCAGCAUCACCCGCGUCACUCGACGCGUAGACGUUUCGAGGUAUCCGGCAGAGGACCCGCGCAGUGUGGCCCUGCCGGUAUAACAACAACAACAACAACAACAACAAUAACGACAACAACAACAAUAAUAGCAAACAACAACAAUAAUAACAACAAUAAUAAUAAUAAUAAUAAUAAUAAUAAUGGCAACAAUAAUAACAAUAAUGUCCUCGAAGAUAACAACAUUUUAUCGGAGCAACCAACGUCGUUGGGUACCCAUUGGUUGCGUGAUUCCUUGUCGAAAAGAAUCGAAGCUAAUAAUAAGGAGGAUGUCAAAUCUAAUAAAACAACGACGACAGCAACGACAAUAUCAGCGACAACAGCAACGUCAACGGCAACCCAACUGACAACAAUUUCCGAAACAACAAUUGCAGGAAAGACGACCGACGAUAAUAAAUAUAACGAGAACAAUGAGAAUACGAACGUCCGACAGAGGCUCGCGCAGUGUAGCCCGGACGUAAAUAUUGAGAUACGAAAUGAUGAUAAAAAUGACGACGAUUACAAUCUCAUUUAUAAUGACAAUGACGAGAAAUCAAAUGACAUUGAUCGUAGGAAUAAGGAUUUGAAGAAGGUUUACGAGAAAGGUUUCUCGCGGGAAAUUCAAACGCUCGUUUCGAACCCACGUGGCUGGGACGACCAAUUAAACGUAACAGAAAUCAAAGAGGAAAUUAAUGACAAUAUCGAUGAGAUAUUCGAUGAUAUUCGUACGAAGGAAAAUAGAAAUUAUCACGAUUACGAUGAUUUAUUAUUAACGAAUGAUAAAUUUUUCAUCGACAUAUACGACGAGCCCGAGCACGCGGUCGCGAGGGCUCGCGGGGAUGGUAAUUCCGAUGACGAGUCUACCAACGUCGAGGAGGAUCCUGAAUUGGCCGAAUUGGCGAAAUUAAGGUGUCCAAGCGAAAGGACCGAGGUACAAGCCGAGAGAGAGGCCAGAAGACGAAAAAGAUGCGCCGAUUAUCCUGGAUUAGCAUUUGGCUGUUCUAUAUUCUCCAGCGAUACAAUGAUGAAGUUCAGUCUGAUUAGGAACGAAUUACAAAAUAUCAUGGGCAAUCAGCUGAAACGGGCCGAAUCCGAAGUCGCUGCACUCAAUCGUCGUAUCCAAUUAUUGGAGGAGGACCUCGAAAGAUCUGAGGAACGUCUUGCUACUGCCACUGCCAAAUUGGCAGAGGCAUCUCAAGCGGCAGAUGAGAGCGAACGCGCCCGCAAGAUUCUCGAGAACCGCAGUUUGGCUGAUGAAGAGCGCAUGGACGCCCUUGAAAAUCAGUUGAAGGAGGCGAGGUUCCUAGCCGAAGAAGCCGACAAGAAAUACGAUGAGGUUGCCCGUAAAUUGGCCAUGGUUGAGGCCGAUCUUGAGCGUGCCGAGGAACGCGCCGAGGCAGGAGAGUCCAAAAUCGUUGAACUUGAGGAGGAACUGCGCGUGGUCGGUAAUAACCUGAAAUCCCUCGAGGUCUCGGAGGAGAAGGCCAACCAGCGCGAGGAGGAAUACAAGAACCAAAUUAAGACCCUUACCACUCGUCUAAAGGAGGCGACGCAAAGAGAGGAGACGUUCGAGGGACAGGUCAAGAUCUUGGAUAGUCAGUUGAAAGAGGCUGAGGCUCGCGCCGAGUUCGCAGAGAGAUCGGUGCAGAAACUUCAGAAGGAGGUCGACAGGCUCGAAGAUGAGAUGGUGACAGAAAAGGAGAAAUACAAGGAGAUCGGCGAUGGCCUGGAUAAUGCAUUUUUCGAACUCUAUGGCGUCUAACAACGCCACUAACCAUCCCCCUUUAACGCUUCAACCAAAAAUUCAAAAAAGAAAAUUAAAAAAAAAAAAUAUUACCUUUCUUACAGUCUCGCUUGCUCUCUUAACACGUAUUCCACGAGCUCGUCCACGAGAAAGAGAAGUACAAAUACAUUUGCGACGAUCUGGAUCUUACCUUCACCGAAUUGGUUGGUUAAAUCUAAUAUUGUUGAGGUAAAAAAAAAUUCAACGUCUUCAUCAAAACAACCCCUGCUGUCGAUUUACUUUAUGAAACAUCAUACGAAAAAAAAAAAAAAAAGAAAAACGAAAAAAAAAAGGAUAACAAGCGUUAUAUAAAUCGUCGUAGCCCCUUUUUCACGGCACGGGCUGGCUGCUGCUAUUAUAUAUACAACAAUAACAACAACAACAAUAAAAGCAAAAAAAAAAUAUAUAUAUAUAUAAAUAUCUAUACAUACAUUAUUACCCACGAUGUAUAACAUAAUAAUGUAUUUUACUAAUGUAACUAUCUGAAAUCGUUGUAUAUUAUAUAAAUACGUACCGCGUUA